ACUCUGUCACCUUAGUGUACAUGUGUACUCUGUUGCCUUAGUGUACAUGUGUACUCUGUGGCCUUAGUGCACAUGUGUACUCUGUUGCCUUGGUGUACAUGUGCACAGUGCACAGCAUUGGUCUAUAGCAAUAGUAAAGGGGAGCGGUGGUUGCAGUGAUUGGCGCAUUGUGCCACAAACCCUGGCAACUCGAGUUUGAUCCCAGGCUAUGGGUCGCACGAAUUGGUGGCCCUUGACGUAGCGUGUGAAUGCCAGCACUGGCAAGAGACAAGGGCCCGAUUCUGGCCCCACACCACGUCAAGUCGUGCCCCAUGCCGACCUUAAUAGGUGCUCGCCAAUAUCAAUUUGUCCCCGAAAGUCUGUGCGUCCCAACAGGGCCAUGUGUGUCUUUCACGUGCAAUACAGUAUGUAAUGCUGUUAGCAUACACCACAUGUAUCUUCUUUGUUUGGCCGUAAAAUGUAGAACUAAGUAAUGUUUGCACCAACUUUAUCAAUGUUAUAUUUGUAUGAGGAGAUAAUAUUGGGAGAGAAAAAAAUAACAAGUGUAAUUUGCCAAACGUGCCAAUGUAGCAUGAUCCUCGUGACAAUGUUUCACGAGACUCGGUGAGGCUAUCCUGGAUAAGUAAUUAACUUUACCGUGUUAUUGUCGCACAAUACUGCUGUUAAACGAUGACGUCGGCCCUGAAACCUGAAGCAAAGGUCAUGCUCCUGGAAUGUCAACUCAUUAAACAUGUCUAUCCAUGUGGUGUCACGUGAUGCCACGUUCUCGAGGUGUGGGUCAUGGGACUUGAAACAGUUUCAUCUGUAGAGUAUUGUUGUGUGGAGACCAAAUUGGGAGCGGAGCGGUGGCAGAUUGCAGGGAGGAUGGUUGUUGCAGAGAGACCAGCCUACAGCCGGGCUACCUUCAAGAUUACCUGGACACCGCUGCUGCUGCUGCUGGUGGCACAGCCUUCACUGCUGGUGCAGGUGGCAUCAUAUGUCCUCCCGUCCACCACGCCGCACAGCUGCUACGUCUUCAACCACACAGCGGACUGCAGACACCGGCAGCUGUCGCACGUCCCAGACAACCUCCCGACUGAUCUCACCUCCCUGCUGCUGGAGCACAACAGGCUGCAUUCGCUCCAGUCACACCUGCUCGCUCGCUAUCCUGCCCUCCGCUACCUCGAGGCCGGUUACAACUCCAUCUCGCAGAUGUCGCCAAACGACAACCCGUGCACCGUGCUGCCCAACCUCGCUGUCCUCUCCAUUCCGCACAACCAGCUGGGCAAGCUGCACAACGGGGUUUUCGAGAGCUGCUCCUCGCUCGCCGAGCUCGACCUGUCCUUCAACACCCUUCAACGGACGUCGGCCGACGAAAACAUCUUCGCGCCGUUGACGAACUUGACGGUGCUGAACGUCACUCACAAUCAUCUGCAGACGGUCAACAUCGGGACCGUCAUGCAGCUGCCCCAGCUCCGUUAUCUGAACUACUCGAACAACUUAAUCCGCACACUCAAAAAGCUGGACUUCCUGUUCGUGCAGAACGUCAGCUUAUACGCGAUUGACCUGUCCCGUAACCCCCUGCAAACUUUCGCAGAUGGCUGUUUCAAAGACGUUCUCUUUGACCUGCUGGUGCUGGACUCGACGGCGCUGGGCUCACCCGUCACGAAGCUGACCUCGCUGUGCCGGCAGCUCAAGGGGGCGCCCCUCAAAGCGCUGUCGCUGAGGAACGUGCAGCUGCGAUCGGUGAAGUCGCAGCCGUUCCAGUACCUCGCCUUGUGUCCUUUCCUCGCGAGGCUCGACCUGUCCGACAACGGCCUCACCGACAUCGACGACGACGCCUUCACAGGGCUGCAACACCUCGAGGAGCUCAUCUUGGAGAGCAACAACCUGCUCAGACUCUCGGGCAACACGUUCAGAGGCCUGAGCGCACUCAAGUACCUGCACAUGGCCAACAGUUCGCGGAGUCUCGGCGCAAUCGGGAAAGAUACCCUGUCUUCCCUGUCCCAGUCGCCCCUACUCUACCUGAAUCUGUCCCGCUCGGGGAUUACGAAAAUUUCCAAAGGCGCCUUUCAGUCCACGCCGCACCUGCAGAGGCUCGACCUCGGGCUGAACAAGCUCAACCAGAGGUUAAUGGGCGACGAAUUCGCCGGGCUGAGCGCCGUGCUGGACAUCUACAUGUCGUACAACACGUACGUGAUGCUCACGUCGGGUUCGUUCGCGAACACGCCCUCUCUGCGGCGUCUGUGGCUGUCGCGCACGCGUCUCACCAGCCUCGACACGGACCGGUCGCCAUUCUACGGCCUCGUCAACCUCACCUACCUCGACCUGAGCAACAACAACAUGGGCAAGGUGCUCGCAGACACGUUCCGCGGGCUCGCCGCGCUGCAGACGCUCAAGCUUGGGCACAACAACCUGGCCCGCCUUUGGAAGCACAACAACCCGCCGGUGCUCUACCUCGACGGGCUGCGGCAGCUGCGCUCGCUGGAGCUGCUGUUCAACGGCUUCGACGAGGUUCCUGCGGCAGCCUUCGCCGGCCUCUCCAACCUUCGCCUGCUCAACAUGAACUCCAACAACAUGGACAAGUUCCCGCCAGGGGUCUUCAACCCGCUGACGAGCCUCGCCUCGCUCGACCUGCGCAGGAACCUCAUCACCGGCGUGCCGGAGGAGGUGUUCGGGGAGGUGUUCGAGCACCUUGACGACCUGUGGUUGGGCACGCGGAACCCGUUCGACUGCACGUGCGACAGCCUCGGCUGGUUCGCCAACUGGCUGCGCAACGCCACCGGAUCCCCGGGGCGCGCGCACGUCCACGUGCCGGGCGCCGCCACGGAGUACGUCUGCCGGACGCCGCCCAGCUACUUCAACACGUCCGUGCUGGCGUUCGACACCUUGGCGUGCAAGGACCACGCGCCGUUCUUCGUCAUGUACGUGGUCAGCCAGUCGGUGCUGCUCUCCGUCGUCGUCGUCGCGCUGUUCGUCCACUUUCAGGGCUGGCGCUUGCAGUACUUCGCCUCGGUGCUAGGGAACCGCGUGCUUGGCUACGAGUCGCUGCCGUCCGUCAACGACGGGGACGGGGAAGAGGACGGCCAGGAUGUGGGCGCCGCAAGACGGGCGCAGUACAGCUACGACGCGUUCGUCAUCUGCUCGUGCGAGGACGAGCACUGGACGAGCAGAUACCUGGAGCCGCUGGAAGAAAACGGGAUUAAGCUUUGGCUGGAGGAGCGCGACCUUCCGGGCGGAGAGGUGCGCGCCGAAGCGUACAGCAGCAGCAUGCAGCAGAGCCGGCGGGUGCUGGUCGUCGUCACGAGGGCGCUCUUCCGCGACACCUACUGCCGCAAGUUCGCGGUCGCGCAGGCGCGGAAACGCGCCAUCGAGCAGAACCGCGACGACGUCGUGCUGGCGCUGCUGGAGGACUUCCCCGAGUUUGAGCUGUUCCACAAGCUGGGCCUGCGCGCCGCCAUGUUCCCGAGCCACUGCGUCCUCCGCUGGCCCCAGGACCCCAAGCGGCUGCCGCUCUUCCUGCAGCAGCUGCGCAUCGCGCUCGGCAACGCCUGACACACCCCCCCCCCCCCCACCCCUGGCUUGUUUCUCGUCGGGUAAGCUUGCCAAAGGUACGGCGGUCGAGACCUCGGAUGGGUUCGCUUAACCCCUUUUUUACCGUUCCGAUGAUGUACGUGCGUGUACGUCAUUCGUUUUUUAAGUCUCCCCGGGUUACGAAAGACCUGACUUAGGGAAAUCCGACUUUACGGAAAUGCUCCCAUAAAUCAUGUAAAUAAAAAAAAUGGUGGAAAUGUUUGCGUUAAUUACACGAGUUCAAAUAGUGCAAGUCGGUGAGUUUGCGGAUGGACCUCACCGUGCUGCACCAAAACGCCACCUUCACCGAGCCCGAGCUUCAAGAGGAUUAAGGUAAAUGGAUUUUUAGCAUCACGUAAUUAUUUUCCUUUUGUAGCUUUACGUAAUUGUUUGUUUUCUGUACAGUAUGUACUGUGUAUGUGUAUCCGUGUGUUUAUGUGUAUAUGUGUGUGUGCGUGUGUGUGUGUAGACGAGCCUACUCCAACUUUGUCUUUAUGUGUGUGUAUGUGAAGUCUAGGCCUAGCUGAAUGCACUGUAAACAUCCGGAAGCGACUGCUUUCUGUUAAUAUUAAAAUCAACAAUUCUGUACAGGAUAUGUUCCAUUAGUUUAAUGGGUAGUCUUAGGGUAGAUAAUCGAUGAAAUGAAAGCAUAGGAAGUUCAGAGCGUAUGUACAGCGAUACAUGUAGCGAUAGAAAAUGGAUGACAAUGUGAUACAGCGCUGAGAGAAAAUGGUAGGAGAGGCAUAACUAUUUCCGGCUUGGGGAUUUUUUCUUGAUUUUGGGGGAAAAUUGUUCAGUUUUCCGACAUACGGAAAAAUCGGGUUAUGGAUAUUUCUCAGGAACCUAACCUUUCCGUAAUCCGGGGACUGCCUGUACAUGCAUAUCAUCAGAACGGUAAUUGAAAAAAAAAAACUUUUUUGAUACCGAGGCUUCCACAAGGCCAUGCGGGAGGGCGUGCGGCACAGUUUGGUGCCAGGUAUUGUAGAGUGUGCGGUCGUAUUGCUCCAGUUCUCUCCGGUGAGUACAAUAUCUUUGAAACACGAUGCUACGCAUCUCUAAAAUUAACGGCAAGCCGCUUGCGCGUUCCGAGAUUUGAGGGAGAACGGGACCCCCACCCUGCAACUUGGGAACGUCUCGCAACGGGAAAGGGUUAACCAGAGCAACGCAGGUUCAGAAUGAGACGUCUUGAGAUGACCGACACUGGCCCACUGGGUAGCGGAUUCGCUUUCCCAGUGCUUGGUGUUGUUAUUAUCUUAGCGGCGGGACAAAGUUCCGCGUUUUCAUGGCUCCGAUGCUUCCCCUACUCACUGCGGAGCUGGUAUGCGGAUGCUAAGGGGGAUCACUGGUGCCACGAUUGUUACCAAGUCUCUUCACGCAAUCUCGGGGUACUUAUUGGGAUGACUGUGUCUAACCGCAGGCUGCUGCAGGGAACUAAGAUGGGGCUUGUUACUUGCGUGAUUACGCAAUGCCAACCUAUGGCACUUUGGCCAUGUCACUCGCUUCCCCUUGGCUGACCCCGCCAACCGGGCUCUCCGAGCUAGAGAACCUCGUGGGAGGAGGCCAAGAACUCGGCCCCACAGGCCUCACGGCUGCCUCAGGUCAACUGCUACAGUCGAGACUUGCGGGGGGAUAGGAAGGGGGCGUUCGCUUAGCGAACCCCCCCUCCCUCCCCCCCACACCAGGCGGUGGACAUUGCAUACCCUCCGCAUGCUCCCCUCUACCACCCCGAAGUCCCCUUACCCUGGAUCCACUCAUCUCGCUUGACCCGUUCGUACAGCUCCGUAUGUGGUCACACAGCUGUCCACGUUGCUGUUAUGAAGUCCGUUUACACGAGGGGAUUUCAAUGGGGGUGGCUGCCCCUGUCAUGCCCCCCCCCAUGCCUCAUCCCUAAUCUGAAUUUGUACAGCUUCAGCAGCAAUGUUUCGGUAAUAAGUUUUAGCAACAGCACUAGUGAUAAUUAAGGAAUAUUUUGUGGUUUUGUUAAAUAAAAAGUUUUUUUAUUGUCAUGGUCAGUCAGUCACAUCGCAGUCUUCAGUCUUGGGCAAUGUCCCGAACUUGUGUUACAGUGGUCCACAAAAUUAAAACUAAAGUGAAGAUCUAAAGCGGACUGAUAAUUAUCCAUCGAUGCCUUGCUGAUCUCAAGGAGCAUAAAGCAGCACGUGAACUCUGGCCAUGCUCGCAAUGCCUUUUGGCGAGCCAUCCAACAAAGAGCUGCUUUCGGAUGCAGUUCUGCAGCCGUCUGGAGUGCUCUUACGAUAUUAGUAAGCCACUUUUAAAACUAGAUUGAAAACUAAUUUCUUUAGAACUGAUUUUUGUGUUUCGUUUGUCCUUCCCCGCACCUCCGAUGAGCACGGUUAGCUACGUACUGUGCGAAAGAAGUUCAACAUACAUCCAGUGGACCGUCUACUUCCCGGACUCCACGUUGGCUGCAGUGCUUGUGUUAAUGCAUAUUGCAGUUGGCUUUGUAGGUCUUGAUAAACAAAUAACAUUCUCCAGUCUUCUGUUUAUUUUCACUUUCCCACGGAGGGGUUUCACUUUCGUACGCUUAUGCACUUCGGGUUUAUUGUUUGUUAAUAAGCGAGUAAUAAGAACGCGGAGAAAAUAAACGUUUUACCAAAA